AAUUUCUCUGCUUUUGGUUUGUUUAUAGCCCUUCAUGUCGCGAGUUUCUAGAUUUCGCAAUUGAUGUGCUUUCCCUCUAACCGGCAGGCGUUUGAAAGUGUUCCAACAGUUUUACGCCCUUACAAUCAGUCAAUGUUGAGUGUGCCAUUGCCUUGCAGAAAUGGCAAUAUGAGCCAACAUCUUAUAACCAUUCUUGACCAAUGCAAAUCCAUGCUUGAGCUAAAGAAAAUUCAUGCUCUUCUGACCACUAUUGGCUUCUCCCAAGACUACCCUUUUGUAUCAAAAGUUCUUUCUUUGUCUGCACUUUCUGAUUGGGGUGACAUCGAGUACUCAUACAGGGUAUUUUCACAACUUUCCAGUCCGAGAACUUUUUAUUGGAACACAAUUAUAAGGGGCUACUCAAAUAGCAAAAACCCGAAUCCGUCCAUCUCAGUUUUUGUCAAAAUGCUGCGGGCUGGGGUCUCACCAGAUUAUUUGACGUACCCUUUUCUGCUGAAGGCGUCAUCACGCCUUUUGAAGCAGGAUCUUGGGGCGGCGGUGCAUGCCCAUGUCGUGAAAACUGGCUUUGAGUCUGAUAGAUUUAUUCAGAAUUCUUUGAUUCAUAUGUAUGCUUCUUGUGGGUAUGUCGUGUAUGCACGUGCGGUAUUUGAUGGAAUGCUGGCAAGAAACUUAGUUUCUUGGAAUGCAAUGUUGGAUGGGUAUUCCAAGUGUGGGGAUAUGAAAUCAGCGAGGGAAGUGUUUGAAUUGAUGCCGGAGCGGGAUGUUGUGUCGUGGAGCUCUUUGAUUGAUGGGUAUGUCAAGACUGGGGAAUACGGGGAGGCUAUAGCUAAGUUUGAAAAAAUGUGUGCUGCUGGGCCCAAGGCCAAUGAAGUGACUAUGGUCAGUGUUUUGGGUGCUUGUGCCCACUUAGGUGCACUUGAGAAGGGGAGGAUGAUGCACCAGUACGUUGUUGAUAAUGGUCUGCCUUUGGCUUUAGCCUUGCUUACUUCUCUUGUGGACAUGUAUGCUAAAUGUGGGGCGAUAGAGGAGGCUUUGGCUGUCUUCCGUGGGGUUCCAAUGGGUCGAACUGAUGUGCUGAUUUGGAAUGCCAUUGUUGGAGGGCUUGCGACGCAUGGGUCGGUCAAAGAUUCCCUUGAAUUGUUCUCAGAAAUGCAGCGUGUUGGGAUCACCCCGGAUGAGAUCACAUACUUGUGCCUGUUAACUGCCUGUGCUCAUGGAGGAUUAGUAAAGGAAGCUUGGCAUUUCUUUGAGUGCCUUUGUAAAGAUGGCAUGAGACCUAAGAGUGAGCACUAUGCUUGCAUGGUAAAUGUGCUGGCACGUGCAGGUCAAGUAACAGAGGCAUAUCAAUUUAUAAGUCAAAUGCCCAUGGAGCCAACGGCUUCAAUGUUAGGUGCUCUGCUUAGUGGAUGUAUGAGCCAUAACAAAUUAGAUCUUGCAGAAAUAGUUGGAAGGAAGCUUAUCGAAUUGGAGCCUGAUCAUGAUGGUAGAUAUAUUGGCCUUUCAAAUAUUUAUGCAGUUGAGAAGCGCUGGGAUGAUGCAAGAACCAUGAGAGAAGCUAUGGAGAGUAGGGGGGUGAAGAAGUCUCCUGGGUUUAGUUUUGUGGAAAUAUUUGGAAACCUCCAUAGGUUCAUAGCUCAGGAUAAAACACAUCCUGACUCGGAACAAAUUUAUGCAAUGCUCAAGUUUAUUAUACGCCAAAUUAAAUAUCAUACCGAUUAUGAAGAUCAAGAAUAUUGUUUGUAGGAUAUGAUAUAUGUCUGCACGGAUCCAAUGAAUUUUAUGGAAGUUCACAGCAAUUGAGAGGAUUGAAUAAUUCCUUAGAAUCUUAUAUGGGUCAGUGAAAAGAAUGAUUAAAAUUUGGUAGUUAAAAGGAUUUGGCAUAUGAUGCUUUGAGUGAAAGGUUAUUCUGCUCUCAAGUUCAGAUUUGCAAGGGGUAGCAGAGAAUACUAAAUGAAGCAUUUUUACCUCACUUGAUUUGCUGUCCCUCAUUCUUUUAAAGACGAUGCUCCCUUUUUUUGGGCCUUCGCUCAAGAAACUUACAAAAUACACCAAUUAUCUACUUAGGUACUUCAGUGAAUAAUGUAGCUGCAGUUUAUAUCAAAUAUAUCAUAUAAGACACAACUGCACACUUCUUUUAAGAAAUAUUCUUUUAUUCCAGAUCAUCUCUUUGUUUCGUCAAAUCAUCAGAGGGAGUCACCAAGCACAAUGGGAUUCCACGACUGGCAUUGCAUAUAUUUGGAUAAUAUAGGGUGAACAGAAUAGUGCAUUUGCUGAAAAAAUUUUAGCCUCAUAACUGUUAGAUGCGAUCAAUCUGUGCUAUCCCUCCUGUAGCAGAUGCUCACGUUGGCUCUAAAGCUGUUUAACACAGGUGACAUAAGGUUAGCUUUUCUGGCGAGGCAUUAUUUCCCAUACUUUUACUUGCAAUCAUUGAUUAUUCUCGCUCUGCAGUUAGAAGGACCUUUCCUGAGUAUAUAACAAAAGAACUACACUCUUUAAAUGAUCAUUGGUUCCCUACCUAAGCUUUCCCCGAAUUCAUUAGAAACUUAUUCAAAAUGCAAAAGUAUGUAUCUAAAGGAAUUGUUUGGUUUAUUUUUCUAUCCUUUCGACCCCUAGAUUUUAAAUCUUCAGAUUUGCAGUUAUAGAUUAUUUGCCUUUGUAUUGAAUCUGUGGCCUCCCAUAUUUUCUUAAUUCUUAAAUGGUCAGGGUUGUCAGCUUUUGUUGGGUAGCAAGUUACCUUCUGAGGCAGAUGUAGGGUUUGUAGCAGAGACAAACCCAGGGGGCCUAGGCCCCCCACCCCCAUCCACUGGUUAGUCAAAUGCUUUACAUAGCACCGCAUUUUGCAGAAGACACGAACUUAAAGUGUUUUUAUCCGUCCUUCUUCCCUUAUUAAUAUUUGAUGAUCCAUUAAUGAUGUACUCUUGAAUUUCAAGAAAACGUUUGUUUUUUUUAUAAUAUUUUGGAUAUUGUACAUGUGCUUAAUCUUUCAAAUAAAUUUAUUAAUAUUUCAAACUACGAAUGGAUUUGGAGGCCAUUUAAAGAGAUUAAGGUCAUUAUACAUUUAAAGAACUCAAGGUCAUUAUAUUGCACAAAUAAUUUACAAUAAUUCCACUGUUUUCAUCUUUUUCUUCAGGCUUUUACUCCUUUAUAUUUUUUAUUUUUCCAGUUAACAGGCCAUCAUACUGAAGGUGCCAGCUGUUCAAAGACUUGAAAGCUACAUAUCCUGUGAGAUUAUAUGACCUGUAUGGCACUGUGAAUUGCAGAAAAUGGACAUUUUAUCUUGAAGAAUGUUCUGUCACAUGCAGGCCUCAGUUGACAAAACUAGCCUAUAAUUCGAUGGCUGGCGUAUCUAGCAGUUUUGUAGAUGAUGAUAAGAUUUAUAUAUGAUGAUGAUGUUGUAGAAAUAAUGAUAAUAAUGUUGAUGCCAUACCCUAUGGAAUUGGAGACGAAAGUUAAUCUCGAAGAUUGGGCUGAGCAAGUUGGAGAUGAUAUGGCUGAAUAUGAGGAGGAAUGGUGGCAAGUUGAAGCACACUACUGGGUUGGUCUCCAUAUAACGAGAAAUGAUCUCCAACUUGUUGAUGCUCCACUGUCUUUCCCUCCAUUGCCGCCUGCUGAUACUCUAUGGCUGCUCGGUUCUCCUGAAUCUGUCCAUAGCCAUCAGCCAAAGCACGUAGUUAUCUUGAAUCUCCAUUGAUCACUAUUUUUUUUCGUUGCAAAUCUAUAUUGUUUGGUUUUACUACUAAAUAAAGUGAUCCAAAUAUCUAUAUUGUUUGGUUGGACAUCCAUUGGAGCUCUUUUGAAUGAUCUUUUACUUACCCAAUGGUACAUGCUGCUGUUUUCAUCCUCCAA